AUUGACAACUUUAAACAAAGCACAUAGUAAUUGACAAAUUUCAUAGCAACCUACGCCUACCUACUGAUUCACAAAUUUUGCCGGUGCGCGUUCUGGAUUUCCGUCAAACAACCCGUUAAAAACAGGCAAACAGCUCUUGUGAAGUGUGAAAGGAAUUCCCAAAAUUGUUUUUGGUGAAACAAUUCUCAAUACUUCAAAAGCCCUAAUUUCUGGAGUCUUCCUUGUUAGUUUGGAUCUUCUCAGAAAUUGAUCGUUGCAAAGUAACCCAAAAAAUAUGGGAGUUCAACCCAAAAUCGCACCGUCUAUGCUAUCCUCAGACUUCGCCAAUUUGGCUUCUGAAGCUCAAAGAAUGCUUGAUUGUGGUGCUGAUUGGCUUCAUAUGGAUAUUAUGGAUGGGCACUUUGUCCCAAAUCUUACAAUUGGUGCUCCAGUUAUCGAGAGUCUAAGAAAGCACACUAAGGCAUAUCUAGACUGCCAUCUUAUGGUCACAAAUCCGCUUGAUUAUGUGGAGCCAUUAGGGAAAGCUGGUGCUUCUGGCUUUACGUUUCAUGUUGAGGUCUCUAAAGACAAUUGGCAAGAACUUGUUGAGAAGAUAAAGUCGAAAGGGAUGAAACCUGGUGUUGCACUGAAGCCUGGGACACCCAUUGAAGAAGUUUACCCUUUGGUGGAAGGACAUAAUCCAGUUGAGAUGGUCCUUAUUAUGACAGUGGAGCCUGGAUUUGGUGGUCAGAAGUUUAUGUUAGAAACCAUGGAUAAGGUUUGUGCAUUGAGGAAGAAGUACCCGUCCCUUGAUAUCGAGGUUGAUGGUGGCUUGGGGCCAUCUACUAUCGACGCUGCAGCUUCAGCUGGAGCAAAUUGUAUUGUGGCUGGAAGCUCAGUAUUUGGGGCCCCAGAACCAGCCCAAGUUAUCAAAUUACUGAGGAAGACUGUGGAGGAAGCUCAGCAAUAGGUGAAAUUUGAAACGCUUAUUCAAAUAAAUUUUCUUGUUUAUUCUACACCAUUUGGAAUAAACAUGAGUGGGUUGCAUAAAUCAUAAAUGUUGAGACUUCAGAAACUCUGUACAUUGCCAUUACCACAUAAUGGUGUGUAUAUCAUACAAAAUGUCUGUAUUGUGGAGGUAUGCUUCUUUGUUCGACAAGGGUCCUCACUUCUUUGGUGAUUUUUUCCUUUCUUUUUUUCCCUGGGAGAACUGUCAAGCUAGCUUGGCGACCUCUUGACAAGUUCAGUAAAAAGAAAUCCCCUUUUCUGGCGUUAAUUUUUUGUUUUUGUUUCUUUUUUAAUGUGAAGCAGGAACCUGUGGUUAAUUUUCGCACUAGUCUUUUUUUGUGAAUUGUAGCACUGUAGGCUGUAGCAGUACCUUCAUAAGUCAUAGUUUUAGUGGAUCUCUUUACUUCAUACA